AUGUUAGAGCCGUCUGGUGUGCCCUUUGACAAGAGUUGGAAUCGUAUAAGAAGCGAGUUUAUGGAAAAAAUUGAGGAUGAGUUGGAUUAUUUGGACAAUUUUCACGAUAAAAAACCGCUAAAAAUACGUCCAGAUGAUUAUAUCAAGUACUAUACACUUGUGUACAAUAUGUGUGUUCAAAAAGAUUCAAACUAUGCUGAGCUUUUAUACAACAGGCUCGGUGAAACAUUAUCGGAAUAUAUAAAAACGAAGAUGUGUAUACGUCUUAAAGCAACAAAGUCAGAUGAAUCUGAGUUAAAGCAGAUAUUACUGACAAAUUGGAGAAAAUAUAAACAUUACAUCCAUAUUUUAACAGGAAUAUUUGCAUAUUUGGAUCGAUUCUAUGUACCAUUGGCGGUUCAGCCUACUAUAUAUGAAUAUGGAAUGGCAAUAUUCCAACGACUGAUUUUUGAACCAUACAAGGACUUUUUGAAAUCAGUUGUUUUAAAUGCUUUGGAUUCAAAAAGAUCGGGAGGGGUUGAUAAUCCGAGUUUAGAUGCAGACAUUACCAAUAUUGUCGAAAUGUUCAACAAACUCGAUUCAACCUCAGGAACACAGUACAAGAUGGAACUAGAACCAUUUAUACUAGAUAGGGCUAAUGGUUAUUAUCUAAAAAUUGCACCUUUGUGGAUUAGCGAACUGUCCUUAGGUGACUACUUGCACAUUGUACAGCAUUGUAUGGAAGAAGAAAAAAUGUAUUGUGAAAAAUACUUUAACGAGUCUACUAAAGAACAGCUAUUGGCCACUAUAAUAUCCUCACUUUUGUUUAACCAGCGAAUACAACUAUUCAAUAAAUUUACUCAGUUGUUUUCCUUGUUUAUGGAUAACGAAGUAAAGGAACUGAAACGAAUUUACAAACCUUUAAGUAAACUAGAGGGUGCCCAUCAAUCUAUUUCUGAGCAAUUGAAAAGGGCUAUUGAGGAAUCUCUGACCGGUAUCGACUCUGAGAAUAAAAUCCAAAAUAUAGUGAAAGUAUUUUCGAAAUUCAAGCGUUUGUUCGUUUUAAUUUUUAUGUAA